AUGGUACUCACUCGCGCAAUGUGGAAGCAACUAGCAGCCACUCGGACCGCAACCACGGAAACGACAGUCAGUAAUGAGACGACAUUAACGCAUUCAAGGCGUUCGCGUAUUGCGCACUCUGGAAACCGCCUGCGAUCAAUGGCCAGAGAGGGCACUGCCGUCUAUAACAAUGCGGCUGAAGGCUCCGCCAACGUCCGCACCAAUGCUUUCAGCACCAGCACGGAAAGCGCCGGUGCUUUUCAACCUAACACCGUCACAGAGGACCAGUCCUCUAACACCCAAACUGUGCAAGCUGCGCAUGUCGUCGAAACGGAAAGUACAAGGAAUGCUGAGGUCAUUGAUAGCCAGCCACUGGCCUCAGGAUCUUCUAGCAAAAGCUCACAAGAUCCUUGCGUAGACCUUCCGAAUACUUCCUUCCCCAACCCUCCCAAGCCGAAGUCUCGUAAAAAACGUGGUCACGGGUGGAGUCGCAGAAAAACUGCAAGGGCAACUACUCAAGGUCGUACUGUCCAGGCAGGCGGCAAGCGCCGAGUCGAGGACGUAGAUGGCGAAGAAGACGAGAAUAGGCCAAGGAAGAGGCAGCGUAUUAGUGAGGAAGGCGUUGCGGGGCCAUCCAACGCCCAUUCUACAUCCUUUGACAGUACGAUGGAUGCCACUAUUGUUAAGCAGCUGCGAACACGCAGCAUCGUCUUCUCAGAUGGCCCCGCAAACUCAGGAAGGGGCGAGCGGAGCAGGACGACGAGGUCGCCAUCUCCAGAUCGUGCACCUGUAAGAUCGACGAUAGAUGAUCCCCCGGCCAUUGGAGUUGAGUUGGUACAGAUCAAAACGGAAGAAGAGGAGGAGGAUAACCUCUUCGAUACACUAUUGCCUUGUGAUUGGAGCCCGCUGAUGCCAGGGUCUGAACUGACGGACGAGGACACGUUCAAGUUCGAUAGUAACCGGAGUACGCCGGAGUUAUCGAAUGAGCAUUCCGAAUACAGCACGGAUAAAAGCGAGUCGGUCGGUUCAACACCAAUACGGACUCCACGAGCACAGUCCGUGGAUGUCGAGACCUUUGAAAGGUCCCUUGUGAUUGUUCUUCCGGGAAUGAUAGAGGAAAUGGCGCCCCCGGAUGAGUUGAUGGACAUCCAGGAUGAGGAAGAGAACGAGGACGAGAUCGAUGCUGCCGCUUCUGGUCCUUUUAGCCCUGCUGACAGAAGAAGGUCAAGGGCUCCCAGCCCUCCGUCUCUUCCUCCGUCACUCCCCGUAUCACGGUUCGCAACGCCACAACGUGACGAGGAGACAGACAGCGCUAGAUACCUAGAGGUCUCGUAUUUUUAUCGUUCAUCUCGACAGCAUCCAGGGAAAAUGCGUACGAUCAAGAGAUCAUUCCACACGUCGAUUACGGUAACGAACCGCAAAACCUUUGAAAGGUCCCUUGUGAUUGUUCUUCCGGGAAUGAUAGAGGAAAUGGCGCCCCCGGAUGAGUUGAUGGACAUCCAGGAUGAGGAAGAGAACGAGGACGAGAUCGAUGCUGCCGCUUCUGGUCCUUUUAGCCCUGCUGACAGAAGAAGGUCAAGGGCUCCCAGCCCUCCGUCUCUUCCUCCGUCACUCCCCGUAUCACGGUUCGCAACGCCACAACGUGACGAGGAGACAGACAGCGCUAGAUACCUAGAGGUCUCGUAUUUUUAUCGUUCAUCUCGACAGCAUCCAGAGGAAAAUGCGUACGAUCAAGAGAUCAUUCCACACGUCGAUUACGGUAACGAACCGCAAAGUUGGCCUGCUCGUCCUCCUGGCUUCUUGUGUCUGUCUUGGUCCGGUUCCGGUAACGCGUCCGUGGACUUCGAAAUCGAAAAUCGUCAGCUGAGUGUCUACUCCCUGCUAGAUAAUGCCCCCCCCCCCAACGCUAUCCGCCGUUUAUCCGAGUCUUCCGAAGUGUAUGACAGCAACUCGACAGUGUCCUCCGACGCAAUGGCGAGUUGA